UGAGCUGGCAACUCCGAUGCGGGACACAUACAAGGCCACGGUCUAUUACAUUCAAAGUACAGCCAGUCGUUAAGCCACGAACGAGAGUCAUGGCACACAACGUACCGAAACAAUAUGAUGACUUCGGAUCCAGUGUUCCUAUGGAGAUAUGGACGAUGAUCCUCCGUUAUCUUUCUCUUGACGCCCGAUUGCGAGUUCGCUUGCUGAGCACCCAAAUGAGGGAUAUUGCUACACCGGCCUGUUUUGAGACUCUGGCGUUCGAGCUCAGUACACCCGAGAUCAGUCGUCUCCAUAAAAUUUCUACAGAUGCCAAGCUUUGUACUCAAGUCAAAGUAUUGAAAUUGCGACGAGCCCGUGGACUGCGGAACCUCCAGGAUUUCCUCACUUGGGAACGAAGCAUCAGUCAACCGGGUGACCCUGGUGCUGAUUCUUUUGACGAGCGCUGCUGGGCUGAAGACGCAGAAGAAGCUCAUCGUGAAGAAAUCGAAGACUUGAUGUCAUAUCAUGACUGGUCACUGCUGCCUCAUUCCGAGAAGGAGGAGCUAUACAGCGCAUACGAAGCAGACCGUAAAAGCUACCAAGACCAGUCUCGAGAGCUUACGUUACAACCAUAUCUCCGCACCUUGGAUUGUGUUCGAACGGUACAGCCAAAGCCGGCAAUGGAUGCCACGCAAAUAGAAGAGCUUUCCCCAGUGCAGCGCUUCGACAAGGCAAUAGCGAAUUUUAGUAAUCUACACACAGUCAAAUGUGAGCCCGGUUUCUUGCACGACAAUACCUGGGCCAGUCGCUGGCGGCGGCUUCGUUUCAGCUAUGUGGCGCUUCUUAGUCUCACAGACUACCAAGAAGAUGAAGAUUUGGAGGCAUUGCAACUAUCAUACACUCUCAGAGCUCUGGGAUGGGCAAAACAUCAUCUUCGACUCCAGUCCAUAAAAAUGUACGUCGGCGGUCCAGCAUUUUGGGGAAUCGACAACUUGCAGAGCUUAUGGGACGGCAAAGGUCACAGACAAAUCAGAGAAAAUAGGAGACUCUUCGGUAACGUCGUAGAGGCACGGGAGUAUCAAGAUUCAGAAAAUAGUCUGGGAAAAGAUGACUGUCUGAGGCAAUUGAUAAUUAUGGAGCAGUCUUUCAAUAAGCUCGUAAGACUGGACUGCUCGAUCUCAGAGGAAGAAGAAGACGGAGGGCUUUGCACAGUAGCUCGACCCUUUUUUCAGUUUCUAUGUUGCGCUGAAAACCUCCAAGAACUGCGAUUGGCCUUUGGUAGAUUGGUGGACGGAAGUCUGCAAACCGAAUACGAAAGACGCGACAAUGGCGAUGGACCUGCCGAGCUAUUGGCGCUCCUUGAGGAACAUAGACCGUGGUCUAAAAUUCGCACACUCACUCUCGAAAUUGUUGUCAAGGAAGUCUCUAUCGUGAGCUUCUUAUCCUCGUUAAGUUCAAGCCUGCGACAUUUGACGUUAACCCACGUCACACUGCCCCCAGGAGAAGGUAGUUGGGAAUCUGUUCUAUUUCGAAUACCAAAUAUGCUCAACCUGCAUAGCCUGAGAUUGUCGGAGUUGUGUGACCAUAUUACGACAAAAAGAGUGCUCUUUGACCAUACAUCUGAUAUAUGGACUGGGAGACGUUCCUGUUACGAUGACUACGAGUCUACCACGAUUAAAGAACUCCUUUGCAGGGAACGACCUGUAUUAGAUGCGGCGUCCUUUCUCCAAGGACAUGAUCAUGCUUGCCCUCACCAGUCAUAA